AUGUCGACAGAAACAAUAUUUCGACACUUGGGCAGACUUAACGAAUCUCAUACGGGUGUCGGACCCGGUAAGCCACGUGAAGAAUACUUGAAAUUAUUUUCCCGAGCAAGCUACUCAACACAGAACGAGUGGCCUUAUUCCAGUCCGUUUGCUGGCUUCUAUGAUGUAUCAAACACAAGUACAGGUUUAAUUUUACUUAAUCAACGAUAUAAAUUUUCACAUUUACGUGGGAAAAUUUUACCGAAAGAAGCUACACGUCCGUCUGAAGAAGAUUAUAAAACACUGUACGAAGCUAUUCUUGAAUCCGAACAAGAACCAAAAUCAAAACAUUCACAUAAACUUCUUUUACCAAGAAUACCGGUUGAUCCUUAUCGACAUUUUGAAAGUAUGUUUACAGUUAUCGGUCAAAACAAAUAUUGGCAUAAUCGUAUGUGCAAAGGUUCAUUUUCAGUUGACAAUACAGCAGAUCAGCCUACCAUUGAAGCAGAUAUGACGCUACGAUCACGUCGACCACAAACAGCUAGAUCAUUCCACACAAAACGAAAUCGUUCAUUAUCAGCUAAUCGUCGUUCUCAAUCUGUUUCAGGAACUCAUGAUAAACUUAUUAAUGAAUGCCAAACUGAUCCAACAUUUGCUGAAUCACUUUGGCAAUACUAUCGUUAUGUUGUAGAAAAAUCUCAACGACCUAAACUUGGUUUACAACAAUUUCAUAUUAAAGAACCAUCAAGUAGACGUUUGAGACAAAGUGGAAUUUAUCGUAAUCCAGCAUUAACACAUGGCCAAAAAUUAUAUUUAUUAGAAAAAUGUCAUAUUUAUGAUAUGGAAGAUACAAAAACGCGGCAUACAAAUGCUUGUGUACAAGUUUUAACUAGACGUUUUAAUGCAGAUUCACUAUGCAAACCAGAAUUUCGUUUAAAUGACCCAAGAGAUUAUUUUAACUAUGCAAAAUUUUUGAAAACUCCUCGUCCAACAGCUCGUUCAUUGAAUACAGGUUAUUUUACUAAUAAAAAACCUCAUCAUCCUCGUAUACCCAGUAAUCAUAAAAAACAACAAAUCGAUAUUCGUUCAAAUAAUUUUCUUGAUAAAAAAGAUUUUGCUAUACGAUCUACUUCAUCGUUGACAAAUAAAAAAUUAUCUAAAGACAAUAGUUCGAAUCCAUCUCAACGUAUAAGUGCAACAUCAUUCUCAACUAAUAAUGAAAAUAUUAUUAGUGUUAAUCUUCGUCACGAACCAAAACAAAUACCAAAAAUUCCUCUUGUAUCAUCACAAUCACACGAUUAA